GCGAAAGAAGCAUUAAGAUCACUGAAAAAAGAAAAUUACACGAAGAUAAAACGGAAUUGUAAUGAGAAGCGAACAUAAUGGCGAAGAGCAACGACAAUAUUACACAGAUUAAUAUACUAAAAUAUGGUCACAACAGAAUGUCUGUGAAAUGGCUAAUGUUAUUUUAACAUGAGGAAGCAAGGUCUUUACCGUUGCUGCUACGUUCCGUAACAUUAACGUUAAGGCGAAAGCUAAGCUUAACGAUAUGUUAUCAGGUAGCAGACGAAUUAGCGAGUUAACGGUUAACGUAAACUAAAUUACGGAAUCGGCCAAACAUGGGGCUGUUUGACAAACUCACGAGUUGGUUAGGCAUUAAAAAGAAAGAAGUGAACGUUUUGUGUAUCGGUUUGGACAACAGCGGGAAGAGUACAGUGAUCAAUCAGCUGAAACCUUCAAGCGCCCAAUCCCAAGACAUUGUACCAACGAUUGGAUUCAGCGUAGAAAGAUUUAGCACCACCAGUCUUUCAUUCACCGUGUUUGACAUGUCAGGUCAGGGACGAUAUCGCAGUUUGUGGGAGCACUACUACAGGGAUGCUCAGGCCAUAAUAUUUGUCAUAGAUAGUGUGGAUAAACUGCGCAUUGUGGUGGCGAAGGAGGAGCUGGAUGCCCUAAUCACUCACCCAGAUGUGAAGAGUAAAAGGAUGCCGAUACUCUUCUUUGCCAACAAAAUGGAUCUUCCAGACUCCUUGUCCUCUGUCAAGGUGUCUCAGAUGAUGGGUCUGGAGAAUAUCAAGAGCAAGUCCUGGCACAUUUGUGCUAGCAAUGCUCUUACAGGGGAGGGGCUGAAGGAAGGAGUUGAUUGGCUUCAGGAUCAGAUCCGGUCCAUGAAAAUGUGAGAUCACGCUAACACUGAGACUAUGCGCCGACCUG